UUUUAAUUCUCUCUCGCAUUUAUCUCAUUUCAUACUUGACACAACUUGUCCAAGUAGAAAAUAAACUUACUUACGACCCAGUUUACAACUUUGAGCUACAUUUAAGGCUUUGCCUCAUUCUCGCGCGAAACAUAAAGAUCAAAUAUCAAAGGAGAUCGCAAAGCGAGAAGAUCGUGAGGAGAAGAUCUUUCCUACGAAGUCCUAUUUUUUGUCGGCGAUUGGAUAUCAUCAUCAUGGCUAUUCUAAUCGCGUCAACAGCUGACUUAAACGGGUCAUCGAGGCUAAACGAAUCGCUCUCAGGAAGAGACCGGCGAUGCGGAAAAAGAAUAGCGAUCCGCCAUCUGGACCGUUGAUGAUCAUAUAAACCGUCAUGAUGAGCGCGUUACGAGUCGAGAAGCGAACGCAUCGCAUUGCGAUCAGUUGCGAAUUGUAGGCGAAAUGUGCGUGCGCGAUAACGACGCGAUGUAAUCUUUUUUCACUUUUUUUGAAUAAUCCGUAACAAAAGAUGACAGUCUCGGAGAAGUGUGCGAUAUAAAAAAAAGAAAAAAAAAAAAGAACGAGUGUACGCAGAUCUGUUAUAUUAAGGAGUUUAUUCACUGAAAACUCAUUAUGCUGCGAACCGCAUCAAAUUCAAACGGGAUAUUGCAAUAAAUUACAACAAGACUGGUGGAUUAAAACUGUUAAGACGCCUAAAACAAUGAAACAGCAAACACGACAAAUGGGAAUCACGUUAACUUUCAUAGUGUUAGUGUUCGUAUUUGAGUUUUGCGCAAGCGACAAUGAUACUUGGGUCGAGAAUCGUGAUAGAAAAGCGAGAGUAGUGAAGAAGCUGAAGAAGGACUUUCGGAAAUUGAAGAAACAGGAAGGAGCCUUGAAGCUGGUGGGAGGCGAGAAUGGCGAUCACGAAGGAAAUGUGGAAAUACUUCAUAACGGGAAAUGGGGCAGUAUAUGCGACGACGAAUGGGACAACUUGGAGGCCGACGUGGUUUGCAGGCAAUUAGACUUCAACGGUGCAAUUAAAGCGACGACAUACGGCCACUUCGGUCAAGCCAGAAGAAGAUACUGGAUGGACAAUAUCUACUGCGACGGAACCGAGACCGAGCUCGCGCAAUGUCGUUUCGACGGAUGGGGUGUUUCCGACUGCGGAAGCAACGAAGCGGCCGGUGUCGUUUGUUCGUUUGACGAGAAAGAGAAUGCAUUAUCGUCACCGAUUACGCAGAAAAAAUUACCGAAGGUCAGGAUAAAAGACGCAUAUCAGCGAGGCAUGGCCUUGCGAUUGUCCGGGGGUCGAGUACACUCCGAAGGUCAGGUUGAGGUUAAACUCGGCAAUGCAGAUUGGAGUAUCAUUUGCGGCGACAGUUGGUCUCUCUUCGAGGCUGCCGUGGUUUGUCGUCAAUUAGGUCUCGGUUACGCCUCCGACGCCGUGCAGACCAAUUUUUUCGGCAACGGAAAAACGACGUCGAUAUCGAUAAGUGGAGUACAGUGUCGCGGAAACGAAAGUAAUUUGGCCGAAUGCCUGCACGACAAAGUUGUGAACUGCCCAGGACCGACGGAAAAUAUAGCGGGGGUGGUUUGCCAUCGGGAGAUGGCGGAUCUUGUGUUCGAUCACAUCGAGCUGAUGCGCACAGCGCAUCUCGAAGACCGUCAGCUGUACUGGCUACAGUGCGCAAUGGAGGAGAACUGCGUGGCCUCGCAAGCGUACAAGGUGCAACGCGAAUCCGAGAGUUGGCAUUUGGAAACGAGGCGGCUGUUGCGUUUCACCGCGAGAAUUUUGAACGCGGGCACCGCGGACUUUCGCCCGUCUGUGCCUAAACACUUGUGGGAAUGGCAUAUGUGUCACAUGCAUUAUCACUCGAUGGAGGUGUUCGCCACUUUCGACGUAAUCGAUUCUAACGGCAAUAAAGUUGCCGAAGGCCACAAAGCAUCCUUCUGUCUCGAGGAUAAUCAAUGUAUGUCCGGCGUCCAACCAAGAUAUAAAUGCGCCAAUUACGGCGACCAAGGCAUUUCGGUUAAUUGCAGUGACAUUUACAAGCACAAUAUCGACUGCCAGUGGGUGGACAUUACCGAACUCGAGCCGGGACACUAUACGCUCAAAGUCGCGGUGAAUCCCGAAUUUAAAGUCGGCGAGAUGUCGUUUGAUAACAACGCGGCGAUCUGCCGCUUGCUAUACACGGAAACUUUUGCAACUGUCCACAGUUGCAUAAUGGGACGACCCUGACGUAAUGCGCACGAUUGCAGAGAUUGUUUUUGUUUUUUUUUAGUGAACGAUUCGUGAAGUAAAAUUAAUAUGUUCGAUUGGACGUUUAGAAAAAAAA